GAUCUACAUUUUAGUUAGCGCAUUAAUAAAAGGAUUGACCGGAAGCGUUCUUUUCCCUUGUGUAUCCAAAGAAAUAGGUAGGCAUUGGAAGACGUCUUGAAACAUAAUUAAAAUAAGAUAAUUAUAAUAUACUUUACGUUAGGUGAUUGAAGAAUUUUUUGUUUUAGUUAAUAGUUUUAAAUGAAUUAAUUCAUUAAAUUUCCGUUAAUAGUCGGAAUGUCUUACUAUUAUUAAACUUAGUAUCAAUUUACACGUGUUAUCCAGUUAUCGAUAAUCAAAUAUUGUCGGGUAGUCUUAAGAUAGUGUGACGUGCGUGUUGCAGAAUUGGAAGCCCAUUUUGCUGAGACAAAGCUAUGUCUAGCACCAUUUGAUAAGCUUCCAUUAAUCUAUAGGCCCGCAAUAUGAAAUAAUAUUUGCAUUUUUUUUUUGUAUUUACAUAGGCACCGGCACCAAAAUAGUCCUAAUUAAUUGAAUACUGGUAUUAGUCAUUAGUCCCAAAUUUUCUCCAUACCACAACCAUGCAUGUAUCUGUUGAUCCUUGAGUAUAAAAUGGUUGGGUCUUAUAUAUAAAUAUAGUCAUAAGUAAAGCCAAGCACCAGUUCCUUAAAUAGUUGUAGUAAGUUAAAUUAAUAGGGAAAUUGAAUUAGUAUUAGGCUUGGUUUUCUGGAUUUCUCCAGACCACAAACAUGUAGCCAUACUCAAGCAUGUGUUGUCUCUAAGGUUACAAUGAUCAAUGAUUUUAUCUAAUCACUUCUUAAUUUGGGUAAUGUAAAGCACAAAUGCCACGGCAUCAUUUACUUGUUUAUUAUAGUUGCAGUGAAUUAGGGUUUAGGUUAGGCAUAGGGAUCGAUUUAGGGUUCAGGUUAGGCAUAGGGAUCGAUUUAGGGCAUUAGUCGCGGCCAUCGAUAAAAUAGUGGCAUUCGUCCUUUACAUUUAAUUAAUUCAUAAUUAUAAGCUCACACGAUCAUUUCCAAAUUGAAUGCUGCAGAUGGGGGCCUUCAGAACUUUUUCACAAUUCUGUAUUUAGUGGCUUUGCCUACAUCUUCAACUUGUUAAUUGAUAUAUUUUUAAAGUCACCUGUUUUUGGCACUUUGCACCUAAGGUUUGUCUUCAUUUGGCUUUGAAAAGAUUACUCUUAAUUUACCUGUACACCACUCUUGAGUGACUAAGCUAGAUGUAGCCCAUAUUAUGCCCAUUUUCUUGGUAGGUAUCAUAUGUACUCAUAUGAAACCUACUUUUUAUUAUUCAACCAGCUACUUGAUAGUAACUAUUUACUAGUAGUAGACAAAGGCCUAACACUGUAAAACACUUAAGGAUAAGCUGGGCAUUGGACAUUAAGUACCAUGGGGCAAUAGCACCCCAAGCACAAUCACACUACCUAUUUAAAAAACCUAUAAGAGGAAGACGCUUUCAAAAAUACUUUGGUGAGGAAAGUGAUCUAGAGUCAAGCAGCUGCAUAUUAUGAAUCAUAUCAAAAUUACUUUAAGGCAAGGUAAGGCCCACAUGUGUGGUAAUCCGUAGACAACCCUGGGCCUGGGUCUAAUGUCAUCUGGUACCAUAUAGAAUAUGAAGUGUCUACACGUCUGGCGUGCCAGACAAAUAGUGCGGGAGAUAUACGUCCGGCGGACAUGUCAUGUGACAAGUGGUGCCGGCAAAAUAGUUGCAUUGCAUUUGAUAUUCCGAUCCCUAAAUAAUAAAUAAAUGCUGAACAUGUUAAUAUAUUCGAAUGCUCUGAGAUACAUAAAGUGUUUGACUUUGAAUACUAAAUUAGUCAGCCUACAUAGCCUACUAACUAGAGUACUAUUACUUCUAUUAUUACUAGUCUAUUUGAUUCCGACUCUUCAAAGAAAAAUUUUCCUUAUCUUGGUUAAUACAUCUUGUAAAGCUCUACCUUAAAGUUGAAGCCUAAAUUUAAAAUAUUAUCAAAAUAAAAAUAAGACCAGUAGACUUCAAUAGACCUAUGUCAAUAAAGUUGUAUUUCAGUAUUGCAUGAGAAGCAGGCUAGGCUACCAUUUAUCUGCCCUACAUUAAGAUGUAUGGUCUAUUUCUUUGUGAACUAUCAGCCUCCCCGUCUUAAACUUAAUUAUUUAUCACCCUCACUAUUAUUAUUUUAGCAUUCAUAUUAAAUCAUAUUUUUAUUACCGUAAUUCUCUCUCCCUCUCAGCAUUGCUUCCUUCCAGAAUGCAUUAUUCCUUAACCCCCACUUUGUUUUUGGUAAUAUAUCAAAGUAUUUUUCUAUUAUUUGUUUGCAAGAUACCGGUACUCAGUAAAUUACUAGGGAGAGAAAAAGAUUUUAAAAUAAAAAAUAGUUUUGAAUCAUUUGCAGUUUUCGUGACAAGGCUGAUGGACAAAUAUCUAGUGCCACUUUGUUACUGCGGUCAUGUGACUUGAACGAAUAUCUCGAUAAAGUAUUCUUCCGGCGGUCAUGUGACUUUGUCGCCGGACAAAUGGUGCGUGAGAUAGACGUCUGGUGCCCCAGACGUGUAGACACUGCCUAUAGAAUAUUGUUUCCUGCAUGUGAUAGUCAAAAACAGAACUGGUGUUAAUCUGUAUUAUGUUUUGUGCAGGAUGAGGUGCCUAAUGCUGCAGUGCUCCAUUUUCAACUUUUCUUUGUAGUUUUUGCAAAAAUUAAACAAAACAAUUCUAAAGUGAAUUUGAGUGCCCAAUUGAAUUUUUUUUUGUGUAACUAGUAUUCUUCUUCUAUAUUCUAUAUUUUAAGGAUGGGCAUGUGCUAGGUUAUAUUUUAAGGAUGGACAUGUGCUAGGUUGUGUAGAAAUUUAUGCAGAUGAUAUAACAUUGUAAAAACACUGGGACCUAAGCCUAAUGUCCUGCUUUUUAAAACUCAUUUCAAAAUCUUAUUUUUUUACAGGAACAAUGGCCACAGCUGACGUUGCCUGGUUGAUUAUUAGGAAUAACUCCUCAACUUUAUUGAAGAGGAGUAAGCAGAACAUGAGUCUGGUGAGUUUUAAGAUUUUUAUCUUUACAGUCUUAUCUCAUCAUUUAACUAUGGCAGCUCUAGUAAUACAGAUACCUGUUGUGUUGUGGAAUUGAAUAUUGUCUCUCUUUAACAAGUUAUUAAAUUUACUUUCUUAUACUGCUAUCAUCUUUCAGUUUCUGGGGGAAAAUAUGGAUAUACCAAAUGAUAUACAAAUGUUUUACUCCUUUUUUUUGCUAAGGGGCCACCUAUAUAGUGUUUUUUUGGACAACCACUUGCGCAUGUUCAAUGAGCUUUCGGCCCCAACCCUAAAAAACUAGACACCAACAAAAAAAUAGCUUAUUGAUUUUUAUGACAAGCCCAGUGGUGUCCAGAAUAUAUACUUAAUUGCCCUGGAUGUCACAUUGUCCUUUGACAGAGCCAUUAUAAUGGGGCACAGUGGGCAGUAAUUAUCUUUAGGUAGGACCUUAAUAGUGAAUUAAACUAUUAAAUCCCAUAUAUCUCACAGAGAAAAUGGGCUUGAUAGUCUUUCUACUGGUCUGCUCCAGGGGCACUUUUUUCAAUAUAAUAUAUAUUUUCUGGCUUUGUACCAGGUGCUGCUUUUCCUCACAGGGAUGCUGUGAAAUAUUACUGUCGUACUCAGACUACUAGUGGGUACUACUUGAGCUAUAUCUAUCGAGUUAAAAUAAAUGUUUUAAGACACUAAGCAACAUUAUGAGGAUAAUUCAUACACAAAAAUUCUGUGACAUUUUUACAGCAUUAGAGAUAUGAACAUGUUUUUUUUUACUGUCACUCUCAGAAUUUUAGGAUGAUUAUUGUAGAAUUUUUUAAUAAAUGUAAAUAAUUGAUACAUACGCACACUAGGGCGUCCCAAAAAAAUGAAGUUUUGAAAUGUUGAUGUCUCACCCCACAGAAUAUGUCUGUAUGGUAACAGUAGUUAACCUGCAAAAUUUCAGCUCAUUUGGACAAUGUUUAGAGGUCCCCCAAGAGGUUUAAAGUUCCAGAUUUUGGUGUAAAAUCAUUCGCGUUCAAAUCUAAUACAGCGUUCAAAUCUAAUACAGCGUUAAUGUUGCAUUAUAUACGAAACUGAUAUAUUAAGUACACACAUUGAUGCUUAGUAUUGUUUAUAAUAUUAAAUGAAACAAAAUGUAUAAAUCUUGAAUGGUUUAUAUUUUUAAAUUUGAAAUUUAAGUAAAAAAUUAUGAAAAACAAUGUUUUAUUCAUUUUGUCAAGUUAAUUCUUGAAAGAAUGUCAAUCUGCUUGAAAAAUAAUAAUAAUAAGCAAUGCAAUUAAGCAUUCCUAAUAUUUAUCUUGUACUUUGUACUGUAGGGCAGACAAAAAUUUUAAAAAGUUCUUUAAAUUUUAGCCAGCUGUUCACGAUUACACUCUGCAAAAUUUUUCCGAUGUUUGUCAACCACUUGGAGCAAAAAUUGUUUUUGUUCUUCGUCCUUGGUGAUACUAUCAUUGAAAUUUUGUAUCAAUGCUACAACUCGCUCUGCAGAGUCAUUGAUACAAGCCAGAUUCUUUACAAAAUCUGCUGCAACUUUAAAAGAUGGUGUAUCUGACCAUGCUUCAACAGGAACAUCUAGAAAACUGGUAUCAAUGUUGGAUGUUUCAAAAAAUGUGGUAGAAGCACGCAAAUCAACAACACUUUUUGGUAGUGUUUUUAUGAGAUGCGGUCCACGUUCUGAUUGCAUUGUCCGAACAAGGCCAUUUUUUUCUUUGUCUGACAAAAGGGUUGAAAAUAACGCAAGCGUCGACAGUUCCGGACUCAAGUACCACGAGUGACGCACCAUCAUUUUCAAUCCAGUCGAUCGAAGAACAGCAUCAUCAUAUUCGUAUAAACGCUGUAUCAACAAGAUAUCAUUCACAGGUGCAUCUGCGGUGAGCCUGCAUGAAAACCAUGAUUGAAGAUAAACACAUAUGGUAAACCGAUUAAAGCGCUGAAUACCUUGUAAUUCUCGAGCUGUUAACUGAAAGAUGGUUUCGUUGCCUGCAAACAAUAGUUCGAUUUUCAAUGCAUAGAUUGAUUUCGCCAUCCACCUUGCCUUAUGUAGGGCACCAGGUCUGCGAAUGCUGACAUCAACCUCCAACCCAACCAUUUGUGCAGCAAGCUGAAGAAAUUCCAAAUAAUCAUCACGUGAAUGACUGACCUCAAGUUGACAUUUGAUAAAUUCUUUAAUCGAAUCAGACACAAUUAUCAAAGGGGCGGAUCUGGCUUCGGGUGUGUGGUUUGAUUCUGGCCAUUUUUCUCGAAACCUCUUAAAAAACAAAAUCUCUGGUCCAGUGGAUGGUCCAAGACAAACAUUGAAUGCAUAGGAAAGGAGUACUUCCAACAUGUGAUGACGGCAUGCCAUUCAUAAUAGAUUACGUCCCAGGGUUACUUCUAACAGAGUGCAAGCUCCAUUGAGUCUUCCAGUAUUGGAAGCCGUAGUGUCGAAGCACAUGCCGAUGACCAUAGAUUUGCACUUCCACGAUUUGAUAUGUUCAUAUACUGCAUCAGCAGCUGCCCGUCCUGACCCGGACCCGGAUGCUAACUUGGGAACACCAAGAAGCUUUGUAGUGCCAUCGACAAGUGAUGAGAGCAGGACAGGUAAUCGAUCGACGUUGUUGGUAACCUCUCCGGUAACAUCGGGCAAUAGCUUACCAUCCCAAUGAACAAUUGAUUUUGAGGGAAUAUAGUCUUCUUUUAUACGUGCUGCAGCUUGUUGACGACGAAGCUUGCGAUGACGAAGCAUUGUGCUCUUGGAAAAUACUGUGUCAGAUGUCGGAACACCAGCUUCGUUGAAUGCGGAUGCAAGUAUCAUUGUAGAUUUUCUAAUGCUGGUGUUCGUUCUGUCCAGCACUGCAGCAACUUUUGGUGAUAUGAUGCUUCGUCUGCGAUGUCGUGUUGCAGAAUUUGUUUUGCUUGAGGAUGCUGAUUGGAUGACAAAUUCUUCAUCAGGUUCUGCAUCGUCACUGGAAUCCCGACAAAUGGAUGAUGUCAUUGAAUGUGUGUCUGUGUCACUGUCAGAACCACCUACAUCCAGUUGCUGUUCUAUGUCUACUGCUGACUCUACACUUGAACCUGAUGGUAACCCAUGGUGACGGCACUGUGAUGUAGCAUCUUUUGCUGCAUCACCAACAUCCCUUAUAUGUUUUCUCGCAUUUAUUACAUUUUCUAAUUAAGAAUCACAUAAUUUCAACUCUAGUUAAUGGUAGCAAUGAGGUAAAUAUAAGUAUAUUUAAACGUCAUUUUAUUCAUAUUAUGGCAUGCAAAAACUGCAAAUUAUUUGAGCCACGAUUCGUCUGGAUUUUUAUGUUGGCCUAAUACUAAAAUUUUAAAAGCUCUUGGGGGACCUCUAAAUGUUGUUCAAAUGAGCUACAACUUCACCAAUUCACUCAUUGUACCCAAGAGACACAUUUCAGGGGGUGAGACACCAAAGAUUUUAAAAAAAUAAUUUUUCCGAGCAUUUCUGGGACGCCCUAGUGUGUAGUCAUAAACAAAGUGUGCAGUCAUAAACAAAGUAUGCAGUCAUAAAAAAGUGUGUAGUCAUAAACAAGGUGUGUAGUCAUAAACAAAGUGUGUAGUCAUAAACAAAGUGUGUAGUCAUAAACAAGGUGUGUAGUCAUAAACAAAGUGUGUAGUCAUAAACAAAGUGUGUAGUCAUAACAAGGUGUGUAGUUAUAAACAAAGUGUGUAGUCAUAAACAAGGUGUGUAGUCAUAAACAAAGUGUGUAGUUAUAAACAAAGUAUGUAGUCAUAAACAAAGUGUGUAGUCAUAAACAAAGUGUGUAGUCAUAAACAAAGUGUGUAGUCAUAAACAAAGUGUGUAGUCAUAAACAAAGUGUGUAGUCAUAAACAAAGUGUGUAGUCAUAAACAAAAUGUGUAGUCAUAAACAAGGUGUGUAGUCAUAAACAAGGUUUGUAGUCAUAAACAAAGUGUGUAGUCAUAAACAAGGUGUGUAGUCAUAAACAAAGUGUGUAGUCAUAAACAAAGUGUGUAGUCAUAAACAAAGUGUGUAGUCAUAAACAAAGUGUGUAGUCAUAAACAAGGUGUGUAGUCAUAAACAAGGUGUGUAGUCAUAAACAAAGUGUGUAGUCAUAAACAAAGUUGUGUAGUCAUAAACAAAGUGUGUAGUCAUAAACAAAGUGUGUAGUCAUAAACAAAGUGUGUAGUCAUAAACAAGGUGUAGUCAUAAACAAAGUGUGUAGUCAUAACAAGGUGUGUAGUCAUAAACAAAGUGUGUAGUCAUAAACAAGGUGUGUAGUCAUAAACAAAGUGUGUAGUUAUAAACAAAGUAUGUAGUCAUAAACAAGGUGUGUAGUCAUAAACAAAGUGUGUAGUCAUAAACAAAGUUGUGUAGUCAUAAACAAAGUGUGUAGUCAUAAACAAAGUGUGUAGUCAUAAACAAAGUGUGUAGUCAUAAACAAGGUACUUUUAUACGUGCUGCAGCUUGUUGACGACGAAGCUUGCGAUGACGAAGCAUUGUGCUCUUGGAAAAUACUGUGUCAGAUGUCGGAACACCAGCUUCGUUGAAUGCGGAUGCAAGUAUCAUUGUAGAUUUUCUAAUGCUGGUGUUCGUUCUGUCCAGCACUGCAGCAACUUUUGGUGAUAUGAUGCUUCGUCUGCGAUGUCGUGUUGCAGAAUUUGUUUUGCUUGAGGAUGCUGAUUGGAUGACAAAUUCUUCAUCAGGUUCUGCAUCGUCACUGGAAUCCCGACAAAUGGAUGAUGUCAUUGAAUGUGUGUCUGUGUCACUGUCAGAACCACCUACAUCCAGUUGCUGUUCUAUGUCUACUGCUGACUCUACACUUGAACCUGAUGGUAACCCAUGGUGACGGCACUGUGAUGUAGCAUCUUUUGCUGCAUCACCAACAUCCCUUAUAUGUUUUCUCGCAUUUAUUACAUUUUCUAAUUAAGAAUCACACAAUUUCAACUCUAGUUAAUGGUAGCAAUGAGGUAAAUAUAAGUAUAUUUAAACUUCAUUUUAUUCAUAUUAUGGCAUGCAAAAAAUGCAAAUUAUUUGAGCCACGAUUCGUCUGGAUUUUUAUGUUGGCCUAAUACUGAAAUUUUAAAAGCUCUUGGGGGACCUCUAAAUGUUGUUCAAAUGAGCUACAACUUCACCAAUUCACUCAUUGUACCCAAGAGACACAUUUCAGGGGUUGAGACACCAAAGAUUUAAAAAAAUAAUUUUUCCGAGCAUUUCUGGGACGCCCUAACGCACACAUAUGCAAUGCAAAUAGACAACUGCCCUAGUGCGUACAUGAUAUAUGCACGUCACCUAUAUGUAUUUAAAGUGUUUGUGUUAAGAAGUGAAAAGUAAUUUUAAGCUGGAGAUGACUCUAUAGGUCCAUAAAUACGUUCAAUUUUGUAAAAAUUGCUAAUAAUUUAGAGUUGGGGAGAUGCAUUUGUUUAGUACUGUCUACCAUAUUUCAAAUUUUACCUUUCUGUUUGAAUUAUUUAUUUCAAAUGAUUUUUUUUCCAGGAGCCCAAUAACUUGAAAAGUAGGAAUUCUUUCCGUUACAAUGGCCUGAUUCAUUCUAAGACAGUUGGUGUUGAACCAACAAAAGAUGGAAAGGGUGUUGUGUUGGUAACCCGAAAAGGAAAAGGUGAUUACCUAAAGAUAACUUUCUAUUAAUCAAAUAUAUUUUACCAAACUUAACCAUGCUCUACUUAACCAUGUAUGAAAGAGCCUUUAAACUUUACCCAAAUGUGGAGUAUUCAGUGGUUAUUCAUUCCAGAAAUUAAUUCAGACAUAAAAUUGAAAAAUGCAGUAUUAUUUUUUCAACAUUAAAUUUACCGUAACUGGAAAAUAUCACAGAACCAGGAAACCUAUGUGACACUACAAGUGAUUUUCAAUGGCAAAGCAAAUGCAUCUUACAGGGUUUUCUUAAAGCUUAAUGUAAAACUGAAUGAAAUAGUCCCUAAAUUCUGGAGAGUUGUAAUUUAAAUAGAACUGAAUCAGUUGAAUUGAAAUAUUGUUGUACAGUAACAGAAAUAUCACACUUUCGAUUGUUGUUGGUGAAUCAGGCUCAGUAGAUCAGUUCCUUGGGUCAUAGGACACAAUCACCAUACUCCUUUCCCAUUAACUUUCUGGGGAAAGGGUGGUUGUUUUAAGUCCUGGUUGUAAUAAUUUGAUAAAUCUUUCGAGAGACCAUGAGGUGGAGCACUACUAAAGCCUAGUUUUUGCAUUUAUUGAUACAUAUACUUUUAGUCUCACAGUUAUUAGUUAUUCUAAACUGAUAUUAACUAUACAUAGCAGACAUUUGUGGCUUCUUGGUGAGUUUCACCUUGUGUAAGUUUUUAACUAAGAUAUGCAAUAAUUAUUUUAUGUCAAUUUUUAAAUACCGAUAAGCAAAAAGUUGUGCAAUUUUUAAGCUUGGUGAAAAUCUACCAAAGAUUAUUCUGAAAAAAAAGGACAUUUUCAAGGACCUAUAUGGUCUAAAAUAAUCAACAGCGAAGUCCAGGAAUUAUUGUAUUUUCUCCAAAGUUUAUAUUUAAUUGCAAGUUUUUUUUAAAGCAUGCAACUAAAAUGAUCAAAAUUUACUUUUCAAAAGGUUUACGGAAACCAAAUAAAUCCCUGACAAAAGUUGAGCUGAAGAGAGGUCCAAGAAAAACCAUCGCUGUCAUUCGUAACUCACUGAAGGCUAAUAACUACCGCAGGGACUUGGUCAACUCUGCUGUUAGGAGGACAUGUGCUAUUCUUAAAAGCCAGAAGCCUGUUGUUAUUAAAAGCAGGACUCGCUCAGCAAAGAAAGAAUAAACUUAUUAUGUUCAAAAUAAAAAUAGUUGAAAACUAAA